AUUAAUAAUAAUAAUAAAAGAAUUUUGCUUAAGAACGGAGCAUUAAGCGCCGAGUUGUCUUCCUCUUCCUCUUCUUCUUCCUCUUCUCGUUUCUAGCUUCCUGGUAAAAGGAGAUUUCUUCUAUUAGCAUUUAUCCCUUUUUUUUGCUUUGCUUUUUUUUUUUUUCUUCGCACAUGUUGUUUAUAUUUUAGGCUAGAUUUGUUUUUUCUUUUUCAUUUUUUUCCCCUUGAAAUCUUCAGUGAAUGAUCUUUCACCUACCUUACGUUACCUUCUGAACUUGUGAUUUCUCUCUCUUACAGGCACUUAAAACCAAAUUUCUAUUUCUCUCUCUCUCUCUCUCUCUCCAUUUCUCUCUCAGCUUUGUUUUUCCUUCAUUAGUGUUUGUUCAUACAGUGCUUCAUUUCCUUUGGUCUCAAGCAGAAGAAGCGUUUUCAAGAUUUUCUCCCAUUUGGGUGUUUUUCUCAGGCUAUCUUCUUGCAUUUUUCUCAUCUGGGUAUUUCUUCAAACACUUGAACUGUUAACUUCUUGGUUGUUCUAUCUCUGAUCUUGGUACCGUUCUGUUGAGCUUCAUUUCUUAUCUGAACUUUUUGUAAGAACUUGCAUUUCUAAUCUGGGAUUUAUUAUUUUGUGUUCAGUAUUUUAUGGGAUCUGUGAGUCUUGUAUGAUUGAGCUAGCAUAUUAUUGGUGAUGAGUAAUUCCAAAUCAGAGUCUCCUGAUUGUUGCUACACAGUAUCUCCUUCUUCUAUAGCUUCAACUGAACUGAAGCUAUAUCAAGCUUUCAUCUUCUCUGUGCCUAUUUUUUUCACUUUCGUUCUCCUUUUCUUGUUCUACUUGUUCUAUCUUCGCCGUAGAAGAGUCGAUUGGGCCUCUCUUCGAAUGCGAGCUAAUUUACGAGACAGCAAUGAUAUCUUUAGACAGGCUGAAUUGGGCUUGAAGAAGGAGCUGAGGGAGAUGUUGCCCAUUAUAGUGUAUAAGGAGAGCUUUUCUGUCAAAGACACACAAUGCCCAGUAUGCUUAGGGGACUACGAAGCAGAGGAUAGGCUUCAACAGAUACCUGCAUGUGGCCACACAUUUCACAUGGAGUGCAUUGACCAAUGGCUUGCCAAUCAUGUUACCUGUCCUCUCUGCCGCCUUUCUCUCAUUGAAUCUGCUAAAGUUCCAAGUGCAUUACCUAAUAAUCAAGCAGAAAUUGGUCAGGAUUCUUCUGCAGCAGGGAAUACUGAUGAAACAUCAGUUCUAUCAGGGCCAACAGAGUCUUUUGGUGAAUCACAAUAUUUCAGAGCUGUUCAUAACAGCUCUGAGGAAGAGGAAAGAAGAUCUGAAUGUGCUGAUGUGGGGAGAGAAUCAGGAGGUGCAAGCAAUGAACCUGAAGAGCAUGAGAACAUCAGAAGACCUUUUGUUGAAUCCCAAGCAUGAACUCAGACAGUGGAGCCAAAACUGUGUUCACCAACCAACCCAUCUUUUAUCCUGCUAAGUGUGAAGAAGUUUUCCAUAAAACCUUCCAAAAGAUGAGAUGUUCACAUUCCAGUUGCAGUUGUGAGGUCCUUGGAGAAGGGGGAAUAAUCAUAUUCAACUGGAUGACACAUUUGGAGACAUUGGUAUGAGAGAAUCAAUCUUUGAUGAGGAUUUCAUUUAUGUCUCAGUGCUAAUAAUAUAGAAUGGCCAUUAUUAGGUGCCAUUGUAUUGCAAAUAGUUGCUGUAAUUUAGCUGUGGCUUGUGCAUGAUGUAGGUGAGGAAUAGAAUUGAUAGAGAAUGAGAGAAAUCAGAGUUUACUGGAAAAUGUUGUUUUGACAAUUUGGCAGUAGUUGGCUGGUGAUAAGAAUCCUCUAAUGUUUCCUGUUGCACUGUAAUUUACAAAUGUCGAAUAGUUGUGUUUGGAAUAA